CCUGGGCAGUGAUACGGUUUUCCGAUUUCCGAGAAACUCGAUACUACCUACCGGAAUACUCCGCUGCAACUAGCGUCCAACCAACCAACCGAUUCCAAUGUCUUCAGCUUCGGAGAAUAACGGCCGCGCCUGGGAGGUCGAGUCCAAAGAGGCUAAACGUCUACUGGCAGAAGACCAAUAUGACGACUGUACAGCUUGCAGGGUCACAGGUUCCGCCGCAUUUAUUGGUCUCGGUGUCUACAGCUAUUAUACGGGUAUGAGCAAUCUGCAGAAGCAGGAGCGCACGGUCAUGCAAAGCGCAACGAAAUAUAAAAUGGGCUCGCGGAGGCUAGGCAUUGCGACGAUCUCCGCAACGCUGGUGGGAAUGGGCAUUUACAGGGCUUUUAAUUGA